GGGGUGGGCACCACUCCUCGCAGCGCGGCUCCCCUCCCUGCCCUCCGCCGGGGCGCGGGAGCCGGCGAGAGCGCCCGCCGCCUCCUAGGAGCGCACGCCCCGCGCGCCCUUGCUUGGAGCGAGGAGGCGGGCGUGGGCGGGCGUCGGGGCAGCCGCGACCCAGCGCGCGGAAAGGGGAGGGGGCUUCCCCGGAGGAUGCCCCGCGGCGGCGGCUCCUCGCUCUUAGGCGCUGGCUGAGCUGGACCGGGAGCGAGCGGCGCGUCGCCAUGCCGGCGUGACGGGUGCUCGCGGCUGCCGGCGCCGGGCCCCCGCGCUGCCCCACGCCGCGCCGCGCCGGCGCCGGGCGGCAGGAUGGGCUGUAUCCAAAGCAUCACCUGCAAGGCGCGGAUCCGGCGCGAGAACAUCGUAGUGUACGAUGUGUGCGCCACCAUCGACCAGUGCCCCACGCGCAUCGAGGAGACCUCGCCCAUCGUCCUGCGCUACAAGACCCCCUACUUCAAAGCCUCGGCCCGUGUGGUCAUGCCCCCCAUCCCCCGCCACGAGACCUGGGUGGUGGGCUGGAUCCAGGCGUGCAACCAGAUGGAGUUCUUCAACACCUACAGCGACCUGGGCAUGUCCAGCUGGGAACUGCCCGACCUGAGGGAAGGGAGAGUGAAAGCCAUCAGUGACUCAGAUGGGGUGAGCUACCCAUGGUACGGGAACACCACAGAAACCGUGACCCUCGUUGGCCCCACCAACAAGAUCUCCAGGUUCUCCGUCAGCAUGAAUGAUAACUUCUACCCCAGCGUGACGUGGGCAGUGCCAGUGAGUGACAGCAACGUGCCACUGCUCACAAGGAUCAAGAGGGACCAGAGUUUUACCACCUGGCUGGUGGCCAUGAACACUACCACCAAGGAAAAGAUCAUUCUGCAGACCAUCAAGUGGAGGAUGAGAGUGGACAUUGAAGUGGACCCUCUUCAGCUGUUGGGGCAGCGGGCCCGGCUGGUGGGCAGGACUCAACAGGAGCAGCCCCGGAUCCUGAGCCGGAUGGAGCCCAUCCCCCCUAACGCACUAGUGAAACCCAAUGCCAACGAUGCCCAGGUCCUCAUGUGGAGGCCCAAGCGGGGGCCGCCUCUGGUCGUGAUACCUCCUAAGUAAAAAGUAGUCCCAGCUGUGUGUGGGACACAAGCCACUGAGGCACACAGUGGGGGUGCCAAGGGUGGCAGGAGCCAAACUGAGUUUCUGAGCCAAAGUAGACCUCCUGGUUUGCCAGCCUCCGCAGCUGCUUGUGAAGAGUAAAGCUGCUCCUUGGGUGGUAGAACCAUAACCCUUAGGAAAAGCCCCUUCCUCUUAGGAAUAAAGAAAUCACUGAUCUGACAGACUUGCUGUGAUUACCAUGCAAGUAGCCAUAUUUUGGAGCUGACCAGGACAAUUCUUUUAUUUGAACUACUGACCAUUUCUUUCCUGUAAGAUGCAGGGGAUGGAAAUGAAACUAAACAGUGCCUGUGGCAGAUGCUGCUUCCUAGCCAAUCAGAAGCAAGAGUGAAAACAUCCACGCCAGGUGUUCGUCUCCUAGUACUACGAGGCAAGCCCAGCAAGCAGAACCACAUGGCAAGACACCGAGGAGGAGGAGAUGAGCAAUGGCUGGCGGCUCCAGAAGCUGAUGCCCUGGACAGCUGUUUUCCUAUUUAAAAAGAGUGCCAUCUUGCCUGUCUCCUCACCACCCUCCCGUCCUGUGACCAGUACCUCCUAUGCCCAUGGCAUGUGUCCAGCCAGGCCAGCUGGUUGGCUCAUGGGGGAGCGUUGUUGAGGUAGAAGUUGUGCCUGCUGCGCCUUUUGUGUGUGGAAAGAUUGAGUUCGCCUAGACCUCCUGCUCAUCCCCUCCCUCCACAUGAAGCCUCCCAAGGACAAGGCUGGUCAUCCUGGACUGAAGAGACCCCCCCACCUGGCCCAGCCCUGGCUCCCAAGCUUGCCUUCCCACCCGCACUUUCGGGUGGGAACAGGGAGAACAUAUAUCUCCCCUUCUCCUCUCUCUUCUCGAUGUGGAUAGCCAAUGUCAAUCAUCCCCUGCAGUUUCUCUAAGGUCUUUGGUCUAAGGCAACUGUUUGCCCUACCAUGGACAGGCUUGGUGCCUUCAAGAUGACCAAGAGCAGCAUUUAUAUCACCAGGAUUGGUGGAAUGAGAGCAUAACUUCUCCAACAGGGCAAAAGUGGUGUAUGUUGUUUUACUGAUUGUUUUAUUUAUUGGUAUAUACACCAAUUUAUUUAUUUAUUUAUGGAAUCUGUAUUUAUUAUAUCGCAGAAAAUCUAUUUCCACCUUUCGAAUAUCAGCCCCAAAUUUUUCUUCUUGGCCCCAACAGAGCACAGUAAAUGAUUCCUCUUUGAAGCCACAAAAAAAAAAAAAAAAGAGGGAAAUUCUUCUCUUCUUCUCCCUAGUCCAAAAUACUUCUACCCUAGCCAGAUUUUCAACCAGAAAUGGGAUCAGAAUCUACCAGAUAGUAGUAAGCUGUGCAGUCACACAAACCAGCACGGGCUAUGCUGUUCAGACAGAAACACUUAGAGUCUUCCAACCCCUGCUUUUACUCUGUUUUCCCAUCCACUCUUUCACAAACUCAUGCAAGACUGACCACUGACUCCAGCCUGACUGUUAGGACUGGGCUUCUCAUUCCGCUCUGGAAUGCUUGACCCCAGGUGCACAUUAGAAUCUAUGCUGGCCGCUUAAAACCGCCUGCCUGCUUUCCACCUCAGUGUAUCCAUAGCAGAGUCUCUGUGGGGCUGAGCAGCAGUAGUCUUUUUAGCUGCCCCAGAUUACUCUAACUUGUAAGUGCAGUUGAUAAAACAAAGAAAAAACUUCUACCAUACUCUUCAUUCCCACCCACCUCCAAGAUCCUGUCCUCUGGGUCCCCAUUCCUCCAGUCCCUUUUUCUCAUUAAACCUUCCCCCGCUGGCACCAUCAACAUGAGCAGACCUCAAAGAGGUGACUGUCCCUGGAGCUGAUGCCUGCGCUUGCCUCUCUAGAAGCAAAACCUUGUCCCUGCCCAAGUUCGCCUUGCACCUGCACCUCCCCCAUAACACAUGCCUCCCUCCAAGAGUUCAAAGGUUACAGGUUAGUCCUGUCUUCUGCAUCCCAAUCUCAAGACAAAGCUCAUUCCAGUCUUUAUAACCCUUGGGUUGGAUGUUUCUGCAAAGCAACAUGAAUUACCUGAGGGCCCCCUGGUAACAGGAAAGGUUAUCUUGCCCCCCAAACAGUCCCAUACCCAACAAUCUGAUCACAACCCCCUGGCAUCCAGAUCAUAGGUGACUGAGAAGAGACUUCUCACGCCUCAUGUUGACAAGUUCUUAAACGAUGAAUAUAAGUGAAGGUGUGUGUGUGUGUGAGUGUGUGUGUGUGUCACCUUCAUAUAAGCUAGAUGGAUCUGUGGAGAUUCUGAACUUCAACUUUAUAGUAUUGACCUUUACCCAAAAACAAUCAAGAACUUAAGCUGUCUUUAACUCAGUAGAUUCACUGUGCACCUUUCCUCAAAGGCCCAAGUGAAUUCCAUAGUAGUGCUUCAUACAGAAUGGUGUAAUGCCUGAGAGCUGUCGGGCGGGCCUUUUAGAGAGUGUAUAUGUUGUAUGCACAAGAGAGUUCUCCAGCAUAGAAAGUGUUCAUUUUCCUAAACAACCUCCAGCAUCUAAGCAGGUUCCCAGAGCAAGUAGGUUUCUCCUGCAUUCAUAGUACCAUGCCUUCUUGCCCCAUUAAUCAGACUAUCCUGCACCAAGUCCCAUCUCUCAGGGUCCUGCUCUCUGAUAGGCAACAGUUCAGUCAGUGGGUGCUAAAGAGUUGAGCGUCACACUUCUUAGGUGACAUUUACCUUUUAAUUGGGGCUAUAGACAAUGCCUUAAUCUGAAGGAGUAGCUUGAAUGCUGGGAAUUUCAGGUGCAGAAGUGGGCCAGUAAGAGAGAUUAUUUUUUUUCCUCAGGAGGGCAUUUUAGAGCCUCCCUUCCCCCACACCCAUCUUUAAAGUCAGCUCAUAAGUACAUGAGCACAAGCAAGCACACUUACCUAUGUCCGCAUCCCAUAAUUUUGGAAUACCUCCCUUGCAUUGGCCCUAUCUUUAAAGAUUAAAAAAAAAAAAAAAGUUUUUAAAAUGAA